AUGACAGUUGUGAACGUCAAUGUCGGAGUGCUGGGGCAUGUGGACAGCGGCAAGACGAGCCUCGUGCGCGCUCUGAGCACGCAGCUGUCCACUGCCGCUUUGGACAAGCAUCCGCAGAGCCAGCAGCGCGGGAUCACGCUGGACCUGGGCUUCUCCAGCUUCCGCUUGGAGCCAUCAGAUCAAGCGAAGCCAUCUUUGCAGGUCACUUUGGUGGACUGUCCGGGCCAUGCGUCGCUUUUCCGGACAAUCCUGGGCGGUGUAGCCAUCAUCGAUACUGUCUUGUUGGUCGUGGACUGCCGCAAAGGACUACAGUCUCAGACCAUCGAGAGUCUGCUGCUGGCGUCGCUAAUAGCUGAACGCAGAGUUAUUGUGGCUCUCACCAAGACGGACUUGCUGCCUUCUGUGGUCUCAGAGCGAACGAAAGCAAUUGAUGCAGUUACCCAAGAGAUACGAACGUUCUUGGCUACACAUUUCAACUUCCAGAACAAGAUCCCCGUUCCCGUGGUUCCCGUUGCUGUGGGGACUGGACAAGAACCCCAAGGCAUCCAACACCUUCUAGAAGUGUUGAGAGCCAAUUUAGAGAUACCAGAACGUGAUACUUCCGGAGCUUUCCGCCUUGCAGUGGACCACUGCUUCGCUGUGCCUGGGAAUGGGACAGUUCUAACUGGGACAGUAUUAGCUGGAGCUUUAACCAAGGGAGACGAGUUGGAACUGUUGCCUAUUGGGGUGAAAACGAAAGUAAAAACGCUACAAGUGUUUAAACACGAUGUGGACAGAUGCACCCAAGGAGAUCGCGUGGGUGUUCGAGUAAAUGGCUUAGAUGCGUCCCUUGUGGAGAGAGCGAUGGCAGUGUCACCACCCGGGAGUUUAACUCCAGUAACCCAAGUGAUAAUCCCAGUGACGCGUGUGUCGUUCUUUCGUGGAGCAGUGUGCAAGAGUGGAGCCAAGUGUCACGCUACAAUUGGACACACGACUGUCAUGGCUACAUGUACAUUCUUCUCUCCAUUAGGACAGGACAGUCAGAAGAAUUUGGAGUUCAACCCCUCAGCAUUGUACGAAUACGUGUCGGAUCUCGAUUUUGUGGAAAAGAACCAAGAAAGUACUGAAAGUGAGAUGGCUACAUCCACAAUAUUCGCGCUACUCCAGUUCGAGCACGCUGUGUAUUGUCCUGCUAAGACGCUAGUCGUGUGUUCGCGUCUCGAUCUCGACGCCAAACGGUUUCCGUGUCGAUUGGCGUUUUACGGAUCAGUGCAGACUGUUGUAAGCUCAAGUAAUGAGGAGAUGGAUACAUUAAGUGGUGUGUACCCAAGUGUAGUGAAUCUGAAUGACCUCCACAUUGGUCGAGUAAAAAGUCGAGAAGGUUUUGUAGAUAAAGUGGUGGCUCCAAGUGGAGAAGUGAUCGGUCGUGAUAUGUUUUCAAAGGAUGUCAAGUGGAGUGUUUAUCAGAACUCGGAGGUUUUAUUCGAGCAAGUACAGCGACUGGGAGCAAUUCUCGGACCUUUUGGCAAGGCUGGGAAGUUCCGCAUUGCAUUGUUACCCGAUACAAAGUCGCAAUUGAUGCCUGUUGCAGGAGAGAGGUUUGUUUUGCGUUUCCUGAAGUUAAUGACGUUGAAGACACCCAAGUUAAAGGGGAAAUCAACAGAGAUGACGAACGGUAAACCCUCCAGCAAGACUCCAGUGCGUUCGUUUGUGCAGGACAAUCAUUUGCUUUAUCCUGAAGCAUUUGAGCCGUCAGACGACAGGAAUUGCGUUUCUAUUGCUGAUACUGCAUCAUUGGAGCAAGCAAAAGUGGACAGUGAAGCUAGAAUCUCAAAGCGACGCGGACAUAUCGAGCGACUGAAGGGUGAGACAACUGCGGAUGGCAGGAAUCCGUUUGCUAUUGUUUCGGGAUUGUUCGAUACCGAACAGGAGGCGAGAGACGCUGUGGGCUCUCGCAUCCGGUGUUUCGGCGGCGGUGAAGCAGACGAAGGUAUAAUUGAGAAGCCUUUUGGUAAGGCUGGCAAAGUCCGCGUCGAUUUUCAAGAAUGCGGAGGCACCAAGGCCCAAGUGGGAGAUAGUGUCGAGCUAUGCUGAUGUUAGCAUAUACCCCCACUAUGAAAUCUGCCGUAAGCUAGCUGUGUGUCCUCGCUGCGUUCGUAAUCUGUUCAGAACAGGCUGUUCAAAUGACAGACUUUGGGUCCAAAUAACUUCAACAAAUCGUCUACAUUAUAGUACAUGUUGAUGGUAGGAAGAGCCAAGCGGACGACGAAAAACUGUGUGCGUCACUCGUAAGUUAGUACACAAAGUUUGCGUCUGGGGCUCGUAUAGAAAUACUGUUUCAAUCGUGUUUCGUGUCGUUCAUUAUUGUCAAACGGAAAUAUUGCAACCAGCAACGUGAGCCAUUAAUCUCAG